UUUAAUUGUGCCAAAAUGUUGAUACAAAUAUUGACAAAUUUCAUAAGUUGUGAAUUUAAGAAAAUCAAAACAAAUUUAACGAUGUUUUUGAUUUUCUUUUGGAUUAUAUGGUUUUCGCAAAUUUUAGCCAUUUCUACCAUGUUUAUGAGUUUGCCUGAUAUCACUGAUAUACCCACAGUUACUGUAACGGAAUUACCAUUGGAGUUUGCACAACCACAAAAUACUUUGGACUCCGUUAUAAUUGAUGAUGGUGGCGAUAGAUCUUCCGAAGAAAGAGUCAAUCGUACAAUUGAAGUUAUACAGAGGACAGAGGAAGAAAUUCAGAAAGAUGAACAAAUCGUGAAAAUAAACGAUUCGGGUGGUGGUGGUAGUGGAGAAGGUAGCACAGAUACAAUACAACCCACACCAACGACUGUAGCACCCACAAUAGACCAAGACCAAGAAAUAAUCUCAUCAACAAAUAACAUUCCAACAGACACGAAUAACAUAAACGUCACACAGACAACAAUUAAUGCUAGUGUAGAACAACAACAGCAACAACAAAAUGCCAGUUCAACGACCUCCGGUAGUCAAGUGAAUCUCACCGCUGCCGAAGAGGUGCCAAUGCCAGUUUUCUCCGAGUGGGCACAAAAACAAAUGGAAGCAGCUGAAAAACAACAGGCACUCGAACAGGAACAAACUGUCAACAAUUCGGCGCAACGUAAAAACAAUACAAAUGGUAAUGGCAAACCGACAUCGCUUAAAAUAAGAGCGAAAAAUUACGCUUCUCCCGAUUGUGGGGCAAAAAUCAUAGCCUCCAGUGCUUACACCUCAAAUGCUGGGGCAGUUUUGAGUUCAUCGAAAGAUGAGUAUAUGUUAAGUUUGUGUGGCAAUCGCAUUUGGUUUGUUGUAGAAUUGUGUGAAGCAAUACAAGCGCAAAAAAUCGAUUUUGCUAAUUUUGAACUUUACUCUUCGUCGCCGCAAAACUUUACAGUGGCUGUGUCGAAACGUUUUCCCACCCGGGAAUGGUCAAAUGUGGGAAGAUUUGAGGCUGAAGAUAAAAGGGCGGUACAGAGUUUCGAUUUGCACCCCCAUCUGUUUGGUAAAUUUGUGCGUGUCGACAUUAACUCGCACUAUUCCAAAGAGCAUUUCUGCACUUUGUCUUUAUUUCGUGUUUUUGGCACAUCCGAAUUUGAGGCUUUUGAGACUGAGAAUCAUCCAAAUGAAGAUUUAGAUGACUUUGACGAUGAGUAUCUAUUGGAGCAGAACACAGUUAAACAUGCCGAAUCCAAUCUAUUUAAAUCCGCUUCCGAUGCCGUGUUGUCUAUAGUGAAAAAAGCCACUGAAGUGCUAGGCAAGCCGGCAAAUAAUCAAAAUCAAACUUUCAAAACACAACCUCAAUCAGUAGUUUGUCGUACUCCCAUCUAUGGGCUAUUCAGUUGUGCCGAGUGCCCAAGCUCGCUAGUGGAAAAGGUUAAUAAUAUUCUGACGUGUGAAUUUUCCCAACUGAAUACGUUGUUGAGUAACAAGGGCAUACGGAAUGAUUUGCUAAAUACACGAGUGUGUGCCAAACUCUAUGGUAUUGAAACUAAACAAGUAUUAACAAUGCAAAAAGAUAUUAAGAAGAGUUUUUAUGUCAACAUUUUACCCAACGAAUAUGUGGGGGCAUUAUGUCAACUGUUGGCCAGACCUAAAACCCUGGGCGAAAAACCCAACAAUUCGUAUGUAGAGGAGAAAACACAACAACAUAAUGAAGCUACAGAAUUACCCUCAAAUUUAACAAUUGAUAAAAAAUUUGGCAAGGAGGACUUAAAUCUUCUAGAUCAUCCCGAAAAGAAGCUUAUGAAACCCGAUAUACCCACCCUACCCGUCGAGCCAACUAAACCCUCAACAAAACAUACACCUGAAAUUGUGGAGACCUCCACUGAAAUUAAUCUAGAUGAUAAUCAACAGGUACCUAGACCCUUGGAACCUGAAGCACAAUUAGAAGCUACUACUUUACCGCCUAAAAUUAUACAAAAACCUAACUUACCUGAUACUAAUAUAUUUAAUGUACCUGCCGAUGAACCUGCAUCAUCAUCAGAGACUGAAGUACCUGUUACCGUUACCGAAACCCCAGCUUCAGUUGAAAACUUUGAACCAGCCGCUACUACUGCUCCAACCACUACAACACCUUCUCCUACGCCUGCAACCAAUAUGGAUUCAGUUAAUGUUGCUUCUAAAAGCGAAGAAGACACAAAUUCUUGGGAUAAUAUCGAUAAUUUAUUGACAACUGUACCUUCUACCAUCGUCGGGGGUUCUUCACAAUAUAACCAGCCGAAAAACUCGAAUGGUCCCCAAUCGGAAAGUGUUUUUAUACGUCUAUCAAAUCGAAUUAAGGCUCUUGAGCGUAACAUGUCUCUGUCAGGCCAGUACCUCGAAGAACUAUCACGACGUUAUAAAAAGCAAGUCGAAGAGUUACAACAGACUCUGACACAACAAAUUCAAACGGUACGCACACUGGAGGAAGAAAAUCGACGUCAUAAUGAACUCGAACAAUUGUAUGCCGAACGAAAUACACAACUUAAAAGUGAAUUGGAUGACCUAAAAUUACAUGUUCAUGCAUGUAUUGUGGUCAUAAUAUUUGUGGGAGCAUUUGUCUUUUUUGUUCUUAUGGUGGGCAUACUAUUCUAUCGUUCGCUUAGAAGAGAUACCAAGGAGGUAUUGUCGAUCUACGACAAAAGUGGUAAGCGGAAAAAUGACACAAAUGUGGCGCAGACAAGCACACAAAAGAAAAUUAAUCGUCGCAAAUCCUUUGAGGAUUUUUCGGAUCAUCAGCAAUCGGUUAAACGGCGUGACCAGGAGGGCGCCUCUAAUGUCAGUGGUAGUUAUGCGGAUAAAUAUCGAAGGCCUAGUGAAGAGGUCAUGUUAAUUUUAAAAGAAUGUAAAGGUGAUGGCGCUAGAACGAGCCUCCACCAAAGUAAGACUGAGCAACAGGAGGAAGAGGCCUCUAGUUACAAUAAUCCGAGUACUACGACAAGACAACGUAAAAUAUCCGUUUGUUAUGGUAGUAAUAAUAAUAUUAAUCAGGGAGCCGGUCUGCCACCUAUACACCCGCAAAAAUCCCAAGCUAAGCGUAAGGGAGAAAAACACUCUUGGCCCAAUACAGCUCAGGCUCAGUUGCAAGCCUGGCAGCACUUAGAGGAACUAAAUGCUGAAGAUCGCAUAGGAGAUUCUGCAGAGAUUUCUUCAAGUAGAAUUAAAAAGCCAUCCGGCUUAAAUGGAAAAUCAAAAAAGAAAAAGGAAACGCAAAGUUUUAAACGCCAACAAUCUUCGCCUGCCGACACAGCUUCACAACUUAAUAGUUCAGCUCCCGCAGAACUAAAAGGCGCCGAAUUCGAUGAACGCCUUAUGCUAGACGAAGACGAUUUAGAUAAUUUCAUACCCAAUGCUGAUUUAGCCUAUAACGAGUUUAUGCCCGAUGGCCCGCGCGGCUAUCAAUGCGUCAAUCCAAAUUCAAAUGCCAAUAAUCCUGCCUCAAAAUCGAAAUCAUCCUCCAACAAUAAACAAACGUUGGCGGAUAGUAAUUUGAAAAAAUCACGCCGUUUAUCUUCGCCAGUUUUCUUUAAAUCACCAUUUACAAAAAGUCUUAAAGGUAAAAUUUCCAACAGCAAUAAAUCAAAUCCAGCCCAUGAGUCGACAUCAUGGGAAUGGUAUCGUUUAAAAAAAUCAGCUUCAUCUGUCUCAUCCGGUGGUGGUGGUGGUCACGGCCAAAUGUCCACUUCCAUUUCUAAUAGCACUAAUAAUGCAUUUUUACGUGUCUCACCUAAUGCCAGCUUGGAUUCAUCUUCUUUGUCUGAAAUCAAUUUUCCCACUAAUUCUACCGAAAACUCAUUUCGCAUAUUAGAAGAAGCCAUUUUAUCAUCAGGUGAAAGUGCCAUUACGACAGCAACAACGUCAGCUUCAUCGUCGAAUUGUAAGAAAUCAUCGUCGGGUGGCAUUAGCAGUAGUAGCAAUAGUAAUCGUAGUUCAAGUUCAAAUUCAUCGACGCAAUCGAAAAAGAAAAAUCGUAGUUUUAACAAAAUUUUCCGUAAAGUAUUUUAAGUGCGUGAGGUGGGCGGGGCAGCCAUUUUUAAAGCAUUAAAACCGAGAACGUAUGAAAGAAAGACAUGCAUAUUUUGUAAAUAUAUUUGAUAUUAUUAUGAAUAUUAACAGAUUUUUCGUUUAGAUUUGAAUCUCUAUAUACAUACAUAUAUUUUAAAACAGCUUUUUGCAAACGUUUUCAUAUAUACUUUAUGGUGGCCCCUUUUGUAUGGGGAAGAAAUAAAGUACUGAUGUUCCUACCGAAAAUGAAAACUUGAUUCAAUUUCAAAAUUUUUGUUUUGGCGUCAAUAUUUGGUGAGCUGAAUCAAAUGAUAAAAAGGUCCUUUUUAAGGUUAUGCCAAUUUUGUUCAUGUUUGACGCAAAUGAAAGAUAUAUUUUGUUAUCAUGUGAAAGGCCUUUAAGAAAUGGUAUCUUAGAAAGAACUAAAUUUUCAUUUUUUGGCGGGAAUAUCAGCAAUCUCCAUUUAAGGGCCACCCUAAUAAACAUAACACAUACAUUAUAUACAAUUUUAUUGAAUUAAUUAACAGUUUACACAUUUAAGGCUGUUAGCAAUUGUUAAUAUAUACUUCAAAAAUAUAACCCAGUGUAUAGUUAAAUACAUGUUAAACUUAUUAUUAUUAUUGAAAUUUAAUUUAAUCAUUCUUUACAUUUUAUAAAAUUUGUGUUUAACAUCUUGUUGUAAAAAUGAAUGAAUGUUUACAUUCCUUUUUGAAACAUUUCGUCAAAAGCUAUUUUAAAUUAACUUAUAAGUUUAGUUAAAAUUUUUUCGCCAUUUAUUAGUUAAUAGUUUUUAUUGUAGAUUUUUCCGUUGUUUCGAAUAAAAUAAAUGUUUAUUUAUUCAAUAUAAUUGCAAAUCAUAUUGAAGUAGAUGGAAAAUGUCCUUUUUGAAUGCAAACAUGUUUUUUUCAAUAAACGAUUUUCAAUCUGUUUAAUUUUCCAGGAUUUUGUUGAGGUUUUCUGAUUCUAUUUAUUAGUCUUUAAGUUGUGUAGUCCACUGGAAGAACUUAUAACAAAAAUAGUACUUUUUUAGGUUUCAAAGUACUUAAUUAAUCUUCCGCUAGACUAUAGACUAGAUUAUAAACUAGACUAUAAACUAGACUAUAGGCUAGAUUAUAAACUAGACUACAGACUAGACUAGAUUAUAGACUUGACUAUAGACUAGAC